AUGGAAACAGACCUAGCUGCGACGGCAGCGGCGAGGAAAGAAAGACUCAUAGCUUUGAGAAAGAGAAAAGAUGCUCAUGAACAUGGAGAGAAAAAUGGUGGACCAUCUCAUUUCACAUUCAAACAACGUAAUUUUGAUCCAGAAACGAGACAAGUACGUCAACGUGACCGAGAUAACGGUGAAGAUACGGUAGAAAAAGCAGUGGAAGGAUUAGCAGAGGAAAUCAUCAAAGAAGAUGAAUUGAAAAGAGCUGAAGAAUUGGAUUUAUUCAAUAUACAACCUAAAAGGGUGAAUUGGGAUUUGAAAAGGGAUUUAAAUAAUAGGAUGAUGAAAUUGGAAAGGAAAACGAAUGAAGCUAUAUCUGUUAUAUUUCGAAGUCGAUUACAAUCAAUGAAGAAAGAUUCCAAUGAUAGAGGAGUGGAUUUAGUAGCUUCUAUCAAUGCUGCGGAACAUGAAAGAGAUCAAGCUGCUGCUGAUGCAGAAAUGGAGGGAAAUGAUAGUGAUUGAUGUCGACGAGUCAUUUGUACCCAUGCAUUUUAUUUAUUUG